GAGCCGAUCACAGGCCGCUACUGCUCAGCUCUCCCUUUUCAUCUCUUAUCUAUAUAUGUUUAUUCAUUUGUUUCUUCUCUCCAACGGCAAUGGCUACUAUCUCCUCCCCUCUGCUUGUCUUUCAUCACCGUCCAUCCGACUUCUCUUCUCCACAAUCACUCAAUCUACACCGUCCAUUCCCAGUUCAGUUGAAGCCACUUCCACGGCAUUCUUUCAUCUGCAACUCCUGGGUCGGACCCAAACCAGCAGGGCCCUCUACCGCCGAUGUAAACUCCGCCACGCCGACGGUAACAGUCGACGCCGCCGUAUCGACAGACUCCACAUCAUUCGUGAUCCGCGCUCGUAACAAGAUCGGCCUGCUCCAAGUCAUCACCAGGGUUUUCAAGGUCCUUGGCCUCCACAUUGACAAGGCUACCGUGGAAUUCGAAGGCGAUUUCUUUACCCAGAAGUUCUUCGUCACUGAUUCUCAUGGGAGGAAGAUUGAGGAUCAGGAAAAUUUGGACCGUAUCACGAAGGCGCUGUUGGAGGCGAUCGACGGUGGCGGUGGAUGGGGCACGGAGACGUCGGUGGGGCCGAGUACAAGAGGCAUUGUGGUGAGAAGAGCUGGAUUAGGGCCGAAGCCGCAGGCGGAGAGAAUGUUUGCCUUGAUGGAUAGGUUUCUGUCGAAUGAUCCAGUCAGUCUUCAAAAGGAUAUUUUGGAUCACGUUGAGUACACAGUGGCCAGGUCGCGAUUUAGUUUUGAUGAUUUUGAGGCCUAUCAGGCAUUAGCACAUAGUGUAAGAGAUCGAUUGAUCGAGCGUUGGCAUGAUACUCAACAGUAUUUCAAGAGGAAAGACCCAAAGCGUCUAUACUUCCUGUCUCUCGAGUUUCUUAUGGGCCGUUCCUUGUCAAAUAGUGUUAUAAACCUUGGAAUCCGGGACCAGUGUGCAGAUGCUUUAAGCCAGCUUGGGUUUGAAUAUGAAGUUUUGGCAGAGCAGGAAGGGGAUGCUGCUCUUGGUAAUGGUGGUCUAGCUCGCCUUUCAGCAUGUCAAAUGGAUUCCUUAGCAACACUAGACUAUCCAGCAUGGGGUUAUGGACUACGCUACCAGUAUGGGUUGUUCCGUCAGGUCAUACUGGAUGGAUUUCAACAUGAACAGCCUGAUUAUUGGUUAAAUUUUGGAAACCCAUGGGAGAUAGAGCGGGUUCAUGUAUCAUAUCCAGUGAAGUUCUAUGGGACUGUUGAAGAGGAAACUUUGAAUGGAAAAAGUUGUAAAGUUUGGUUACCUGGAGAAACGGUCGAAGCUGUAGCUUAUGAUAAUCCAAUACCUGGUUACGGAACAAGGAAUACAAUUAAUCUCCGCCUUUGGGCUGCUAAGCCAGAUGGUCAAUAUGAUAUGGAAUCAUAUAAUACUGGAGAUUAUAUCAAUGCUGUUGUUAAUAGACAAAGAGCUGAAACUAUAAGCUGUGUUUUGUACCCUGAUGACCGUUCUUAUCAGGGAAAGGAACUGAGGUUGAAACAACACUAUUUCUUUGUCUCAGCAUCCUUACAAGACAUCAUUCGAAGGUUCAAAGAUGGUCACAAUAACUUUGAUGAUUUCCCAGAGAAGGUUGCACUGCAGUUGAAUGAUACUCACCCAUCUCUUGCAGUAGUUGAGGUCAUGAGAGUGCUUGUUGAUGAAGAACAUUUAGGUUGGGACCAGGCAUGGAACAUUGUAUGCAGAAUUUUCUCAUUUACAACUCACACAGUAUUACCUGAAGCGCUAGAGAAAAUCCCUGUUGAUCUCCUAGGCAGUCUUCUCCCACGCCACUUACAAAUUAUAUAUGACAUAAACUUUAAUUUCAUGGAGGAGUUGAAGAAGAGAAUUGGUCUAGACUUCAACCGGUUGUCUCAGAUGUCAAUUGUGGAGGAAGGUGCUGUAAAGAGCAUUCGAAUGGCAAACCUGUCAAUUGUUUGUUCUCAUACUGUGAAUGGUGUUUCCAGGAUGCAUUCAGAGUUAUUAAAAACACGAGUUUUCAAGGAUUUUUAUGAACUGUGGCCACACAAAUUCCAGUAUAAGACAAAUGGGGUAACUCAGCGUCGCUGGAUUGUGGUGAGCAAUCCUAGUUUAUGUGCUCUUAUCUCAAAAUGGCUUGGAACAGAAGCUUGGAUCCGUGACAUUGACCUCUUAAUCGGGUUGCAAGAAUUUGCAGCAGAUGCUGAUCUACAUCAAGAAUGGAAGAUGGUCAGAAAGGUUAAUAAAAUGAGGCUCGCAGAAUACAUUGAAGCAAUGAGUGGUGUGAAGGUCAGUUUGGAUGCAAUGUUUGAUGUGCAAAUAAAGCGAAUACACGAGUACAAAAGACAAUUGCUUAAUAUACUCAGCAUUAUCCAUCGAUACGACUGCAUAAAGAAUAUGGAGAAGACUCAGAGAAGGAAAGUUGUACCUCGUGUCUGCAUAGUUGGAGGGAAAGCUGCUCCUGGUUAUGAAGUUGCUAAGAAGAUUAUCAAACUUUGUCAUGCUGUAGCAGAGAAAAUUAAUAAUGAUGCUGACGUUGGAGAUCUUCUCAAAUUGAUAUUUGUCCCUGAUUAUAAUGUUUCUGUUGCUGAAUUGGUAAUACCAGGGGCUGACCUUUCACAGCACAUAAGCACUGCUGGACAUGAGGCAUCAGGAACUGGCUGCAUGAAGUUUUUGAUGAAUGGUUGUUUACUUUUAGCUACAGCAGAUGGAUCUACAGUUGAAAUUAUUGAAGAAAUAGGAGAAGAAAACAUGUUUUUAUUUGGAGCAAAAGUGCAUGAAGUUCCGGCAUUGCGUGAGAAAAGUUCUGAUCAUAAAGCACCUCUUCAAUUUUCACACGUAGUAAGGAUGGUUCGAGAUGGCCAUUUUGGCUUUAAAGACUACUUCAAAUCAUUAUGUGAUGGUGUAGAGGGUGAUAGUGACUUCUAUCUUCUGGGUUCUGAUUUUGCUAGCUAUCUAGAGGCUCAGGCUGCUGCUGAUAAAGCAUUUGUUGAUCAAGAAAAGUGGACUCAGAUGAGCAUACUUAGCACUGCUGGUUCUGGGAGAUUCAGCAGCGAUAGAACAAUUGAAGAUUAUGCAGAGACAACUUGGGGAAUUGAACCAUGCAAAUGCCCCUCCUAAUAAUUCAUUCCACAUAUAAGAAACAAGGAAAUAGAGGAAUCCACAGACACCUAAAUAUUCAGAGAUCUCAGCCAUUCUGGCAGUGGGCUACAAAUCAUUUGCCUCUCUGCCUUUGAAGUGAGAACACUGGGUGGCUUACAGGGUUUUGCCUCUUAUCACCAAAGAGGCUAGGCAACUCCCGCUACUGUAUAUUUAUUAGUACUGUUGUUUUUACCUUUAAUUCCAAAAAUGUUUAAUCCCUAAUGUUCUAGCUUAUGCUUAUUAAACUGGUCUGUAGUUCUUAAAUUGUCUGACUUUAUACACAUAGUAAUAUAGUGCCCCAUGAUUAACUUUCCUGGAUU